AACAAUAACAGAAACAUGGGGGAGGCUGAAGUAGCUCCAGCAGAUGAGAAACCAGUGGAAACUGGUACAUGUACUGUUGAUGAAUCUGUAGUAUGGAGUCAAGAGGUGGAAGUGUGCCUGUUUCACGCCAUGUUGGGCCACAAACCAGUUGGGGUCAACCGUCACUUCCACAUGAUUUGCAUACGAGACAAAUUCAGCCAGAACAUUGGGAGGCAGGUGUCUUCUAAAGUGAUCUGGGAUCAUCUGGGAACAAUGUACGACAUGCAGGCACUGCACGAGUCUGAAAUCCUCCCAUUCCCCAACUCAGAAAAAAGCUUCAUCCUGCCCGAGGAAAUAAUACAGGAGGUCAGAGAAGGGAAAGUGGGAUCAGAGGAUGACUCAAAGGAAGAUUUCAAAGAGGAGAGGGAUCUCUCUGCCACCCAUGAAGAAGGCAGCAAUUCCUCUGUGAAGACUUCGGAACGCUCAUCUAGCGGACGAGAGAAGGAGAAAGACAGAGAGCGCGAGAAGGACAGGGCAACCUCGGGCGAGUCGGGCGGCGGUUCCAAGGAGGCCGCCGCCGAGAAAAGGAAGAGAAACCGCGCCACGGAAAAAACACAGAACUCGGGCAACCCGUCCAGCCCUGGAGGAGCCAAGCGGCGCAGGACAUAGUGACGCGCAACGACGGAACGUGGAGGAUUCGGCUCGUCGGGCCUCCGUGCUGGGCAUGGUGAUGGUCCUGAGCUCAAGCAGAAGCAGGUGGAUAAGAGUAACCGAUGCUUCCUGUGUGUGAUUGAUCAUCUGUGUAAACACUGAGCAGCUAUUUAAGAACAAUACCUUUUUCUCUGAAGUUUAACGUUUUUAUUUUUGGUGUUGUGUUGAACUUCGUAUAAGCUAGCAUCUUUUAUAUGCUGCAGGGUGGAGACAUGGGGGAUGCGUUUAAUCUUGCCAUCUCAAAACUAUGGGCUACAAAAUUGUGAUCGUCGGUUUGUGAUGAGAUGUUUAGUGUAUGACAACAGUUCUAAUGUAAUGUGUAAAAAAUGAACCCUGUGGUUUGAUAUUUAGUCAUGACUGACUACAUGGUGUGUGUUUGUGUGUAUUUUUUUAAGAGGCUGACCCGAUUUUACCUUAUUUUUUGUUUCAUUUAUUUGCAUUAUGCAAUAUAGGCAAUAUUUUUUACACCCAUGUAAAUGCCAGCAUUCCUAAGAUGCAAUAAAUGGACAGAUGUA